UCUCACCAGUCUUAACCUGACAAAUACAGGACAGUUGAAUCGAACCAAACUAGUUGAGUAGCAGACUGCAUUUCCUCGUAAAAUUUUGUUUUUCAAUUCUUAGAAAAAAAAAAAAAAACCCUCAUGCAGAGUCAAUGUACCUGGACAGGUACUAGAAUGCCUCUACCAAUAAUCUUAAAACCUUCCACUUUUUCAAUUUUAAAGCAUUUGCCCACAAAAAGAACCAAUCUUUUUAGUACUAGAAGUCCAAUCUCAAAUUACCCUUCUCUCAUGGCUACUUUCUCGACCGCUUCCACGACCGAAAAGGAUGCACCCUCCGGUCAAAACGACUCUACCCAGAAGUCUCAGCAGCCUUUGCAAGUGGCAAAGCGCUUGGAGAAGUUCAAAACUACCAUCUUCACACAAAUGAGUUCACUUGCCAUCAAACAUGGAGCAAUAAACCUUGGCCAAGGCUUUCCCAACUUUGAUGGUCCAGAGUUUGUAAAGGAAGCAGCCAUUCAAGCCAUAAGGGAUGGAAAGAAUCAAUAUGCUCGUGGAUAUGGAGUUCCAGAUUUCAACUCUGCAAUAGUUGACAGAUUCAAGAAAGAUACUGGACUUGUGGUAGACCCUGAGAAAGAAGUUACUGUUACUUCUGGAUGCACAGAAGCUAUUGCUGCAACUAUAUUAGGCUUGAUAGAUCCUGGCGAUGAAGUGAUCUUAUUUGCUCCUUUCUAUGAUUCUUAUGAAGCCACACUAUCGAUGGCUGGUGCCAAAAUCAAAUGUGUUACUCUGCAGCCCCCAGAUUUUGCAGUUCCUAUUGAUGAGCUCAAGUCCAUUAUCUCAAAGAAUACCCGUGCAAUUCUUAUCAACACACCACAUAAUCCCACUGGGAAGAUGUUUACUAGGGAGGAACUCACUACUAUUGCAUCAUGUUGCAUUGAGAAUGAUGUUCUGGUUUUUACUGAUGAAGUUUACGACAAGUUGGCCUUUGAAAUGGAUCACAUAUCUAUGGCCUCUCUUCCUGGGAUGUACGAGCGGACUGUGACUUUGAAUUCUUUAGGGAAGACCUUCUCCUUAACAGGAUGGAAGAUUGGCUGGGCAAUAGCCCCGCCACACCUGACAUGGGGAGUCCGGCAGGCACAUGCUUUCCUUACUUUUGCUACCUCCACUCCUAUGCAGUGGGCAGCAUCAGUUGCUCUUAGAGCCCCAGAUUCAUACUUUGAGGAGCUAAAGAGGGAUUAUAUGGCAAAGAAGGCCAUUUUGGUGGAGGGAUUGAAGGCUGUCGGGUUCAAAGUAUUUCCAUCAAGCGGGACUUACUUUGUUGUAGUCGAUCACACCCCUUUUGGCUUGGAAAAUGAUAUUGCAUUUUGCGAGCAUCUGAUCAAGGAAGUUGGCGUGGUGGCAAUCCCGACAAGUGUAUUUUAUCUGAACCCAGAAGAAGGAAAGAAUUUAGUGAGAUUCACAUUCUGCAAAGAUGAAGGAACUUUGAGGACUGCCGUUGAGAGGAUGAAGGAGAAGCUGAAGAGAAAAUGAUGCUUUAUAUGGGCUGACUUCCAUCAACACGGACAUGAGAUGCUGUAAUGUUAAACAAUUUUAGAAGGUCAGUAGCACCCUUUUGUGAUAUCUUGAAGAGCACCACCUCGCUUCAGUAACGUAUUAAAAUAAGCAGGAUUACCCCAACCAUGCCUGCAAAAAAGUGAUAGUGUGUCUGGGUCAUUACUGCCUAAGAUUUCGAAAAUCCGUCGGACUAGACCAUUUUCUUGUAAUGUUUCAAGUUUUAGAUCAUUUUGUUUGGGCCUCCAGUUACCUGUAUUGAGUUUGAUCGAGGACGGAGCUCCGCAAUUUAAUGCUUACAACGUAUAGUCAUCUCCGCUUGUUGCUUCUUUUUGACAGUUAUUGAGAAUACAUAACAAAUUUAAUACUUUUAAACUUUA